AUGGCGCCGUCUGAAUCUGGGGGAGCUCCCAGUAGCUCCCGCCGCUUAUUGCGACCCAAGCUGCGAAAUGCAACAUUCGUCCUCCCGCGAACCGGUCAGCGAUUGAAAGGGCUCGUCAGCCUCCGCGAUUCCGCUCAUGGACCAAGCCCACCGGACAAUCAGGGCGACUCGCGAGAAGAGCGGCGCGGUUUGCUCACGGGGGAAAUCGAACCACAUCAUGAUGGGUACGGGGAAUGGCUGUCAAAGCAGGCGCAACAGCUGUGGGCUCGGCUGCUGAGCUUCAUCACCUCCGAGCAGGGCAUCGGGGUGCUAAAAUGUAGCCUGGCCUAUCUGCUCGGCUCCAUGGCCACGUUUGUUCCGACUUUGUCGGCGUUCUUGGGCCACCAGCAGGGAAAGCAUAUGGUCGCAACGGUGACCGUGUACUUCCAUCCGGCACGAUCGCGAGGAAGCAUGUAUCGCGCAUUGAUCUGCGCAAUGCUCGCCUUCUGGUAUUCAGCUUUUUUGUCGAUCACGAGCAUGCUCGUGGAGAAUUUCUUCCAGGAUACGUUGGAUCUCCCUGCGUUGGGACAUGCAGUUGUUGUCAUCGUCUUUUGCGGCGGCGGACUGGGGUUCGUCGGGUGGACGAAGCAGAGACUGGGGGACCCAUUGGUAAAUGUGGCAUGCUCGCUCACUGCCCUGUCCACGAUCACAGUGUUGACCAAGGAAGGUGCGGUGCAGAAUGGAGACUUAUCCUUGAAUAAGAUUAUUCAGGUAUUGAAAAUGGUCAUCAUGGGGGUGGUCUUUGCGGGUGCCGUCUCGUUCACAAUAUUCCCUAUCUCGGCGCGCAAAAAGCUCCGUGCAAAUUUGAUUACCACGACCGACACAUUGGCUGUGAUGCUAGCCUUGAUCACCGAGAGCUUCCUUAGCGGAUCUGAAGACGAGCUCAAAUCAGCAGUGUUCAUCGAGGCAGAGACGAAACACAAAAAGGCUUACAGCCAGCUUGACAAAUUGAUCCGCGAGGCAAAGCUCGAGCACUACUUUGCCGGUACAGAACGAGAGUACAGACUUGAAAAGAAGCUCGUUCGUUGGGUCCAGGAUAUAACCCAUAACAUGGGUGGCUUGCGCAGUGCGGCAUUGCUUCAGUUCAGCUUGAUUCGGGAAACAUUUGAUCGUGAAAUGCAAAAUUCGACCGGACAAUCCGGUCCGCCCCAUCCUACUUACUACACUUCCUUGGAACGCUCCUGGUCGUUCCCCGAUGGAGCAUUUCUCGAACCUAUUGACGAGCAACCCGAGGAAGAAUUUACUAAUGGUGGCACCGCCGGUACGCCAGACUCGAAUGGAGGAGUGAAGCCGACCAAGCAGCCUCUGCUCCCUGCGGAGGUGUUUACGCUCUUCAUUUCCCACCUGGGACCAGCCAUGCGGUCCCUCGCCUUCACUUUGAAGGAGAUCUUCAAUGAAAUACCUAUUGGGCCAGCACCCGAAUAUAAAGUCUCCGUUCACAGUCGGCUACUCACCAGCCUGGAUUGUGCUCUCGAUCUUUAUCAAAAAUCGCGCGAACGAACGCUCAAUUCACUUUACCAGCAAAUCGAGACGAUCACGUUGAGAACGCCCGAAGCCCAAGCGGACUUGGAAGAAGUUUCUGCUAGCUGUGGUCACUUCAGCUCUUCGCUUCUCGAGUUCGGCGAGCAACUGCACGAUCUACUCGAAAUCUUGGAUCAGCUCCAGCUUGAACUGGAUGAACGACCCGGCGGCAGAUCCUGGAACUGGCUCAAAUUUUGGCGGAAAAAGAACGCUGGCAUGAGCAAUCCGCUGGAGAUUCUGGAACCUCUCAGAGCCGAUGCAUCGAUUCCCGCUCCAACGUCCAUUCGACCGACUUCACCCUCUGAGAAUACAGUGAAGCAACGACUUGGGUAUCGCAUUUGGAAAUCAUUUAGAUGGCUGCGGCGCGAUGACACUAGAUUCGCUAUCAAAGUUGGUGCGGGUGCGGCUCUUUAUGCUUUGCCGGCAUUCCUACCCUCCACCAGACCUUUCUACCAACACUGGCGUGGAGAAUGGGGUCUUCUGUCAUACAUGCUGGUUUGUUCGAUGUACGUCGGUGCAUCCAACACUGUGGGAUCCGCUCGAUUCCUGGGAACUUGUUUGGGCGCAGUCUUGGCAAUCCUGGCCUGGUACAUUUCUCAAGGCAAUGGAAUUGUCCUUGCCAUUUUCGGCUGGCUUAUGGCUAUCUGGAUUUCCUACAUCACCAUUGUCCAGGGCAACGGCCCGCUGGGACGAUUUAUUAUGCUCACAUAUAAUCUCUCGGUUCUAUAUGCAUAUUCGCUCACCCAAGAGGUAGCAGACGGUGACAAGGACGAAGGCGGGCAACAGCCUGUCAUUGGGGCGAUUGCGCUUCAUCGAGUUGUCGCUGUGCUUUCCGGCUGUCUCUGGGGUGUGAUCAUCACCCGGUUGAUCUGGCCGAUUCGAGCGCGCGACAGACUGAAGGACAGCCUCAGUAUGCUGUGGCUUCGACUCAGCCUAAUCUGGAGACGGAAUCCCCUAUCAGCUAUGGUUGAAACGAGAAAGGCUGUCGCAUACCUGACUGCGCGUGAGAGGCUAGACUUUGAGCGCUUCCUCACUCGCUUGGAGACUCUGCUCGCUUCAGCACGGUCAGAAUUCGAGCUUCGCAGCGCGUUUCCAGCAAAGACAUAUACGAAUAUCAUUCAACGCACCCGAAGUAUGGUGAAUGCGUUGAAUGCGAUGAACCUUGAACUAAUGAAGACUGAGACUGCUACCGAUGGUGAGAUCAGUCUUCUUCGGUAUACUGCGACAGAGAGGCAUCAGCUCUCAGCUCGAAUCAGUCAUCUUCUCUCCGUUAUGGCGUCUUCGAUGAAACUAGAAUACCCCCUCAACGAUGUCUUGCCUAGUAUAGACCAUGCUCGAGACAGACUACUCGCGCGGAUAUAUCGAUAUCGGCAAGACAAUGAUGUGUCACUGCUGACGACCGAGGAAGAAAGCUCGCUGCUGUAUUCGUAUAUUCUCGUCACCGGACAAUUUUCUGAAGAAAUCCACCAAAUAUUGGCGGAUAUUGGACAGCUUUUUGGUUUUUGGAGUGAAGACAUGCUGCAACUGGCUUAA